AUGUGCGGUAUACUAUGGCAUCAUUGUGCGAAUGCUUUUGCUGGCAAAGAAACCUUCCUCGAAUUCGAUGAGGACUCGUUGGCGAGAGGUAUCGACACGAGUAUAUUCGAUGAGCACCCGGUAUUCAAGGAACUCGUGCCCUAUGUCGCAGCGAGAGGACCCAAUUACGCAUCAUUUACAAGAUUCGGCGAUAAAAGUUGGUUUUCUGCUGUCCUGUCCUUGAGAGAGCCUCUCACCAAACAAUGUAUCGAUGUCGCUGACCGGUUCAUAUUACAGUACAACGGCGAAAUUUACAAUAUUGGCAAUUAUACUAACGAUACACAGUAUUUCGCUCAUCUUCUGUCUGUUACUGGAAACGUUGUCCAAGCCUUGCGGGAGCUAAGGGGUGAAUUUGCCUUUACGGUGUUUGACAAGGAGACCAACUGUUUAUAUUUUGGCCGUGAUUCCGUCGGGAAGAGAAGCUUGUCUUACAGAGUAACGCCCGGUAAGGAAUUAUAUGUUUCAAGUGUCAGUGGUUCGAGAGAUGGGUUCACUAAUUGCGAGGCAAACGCUAUCUACGUUUAUGAUACGCGCACCGGCAAUGUCAGAUGCGAUCAGACAAUUAGAUUAUCGCCUUACGAAGUGUCCAGAACAAGUGAUUCCUCCAUGGAGUAUUUGAGUGCAGCCACACAGGACCUAUUUGACGUUCUUAGCCGAGCUACAGGCUUGAGAAUUGAGUCGAUACAUCCGCUGCACAAGGAAAACAAACCGAUUGGCAUUUUAUUUUCUGGCGGUCUGGACUGCUCCGUAAUAGCAGCCUUGAUAUGUCGACAUCUUUCUAAGCGCAAAUGCAAUACAAAGGUAGAACUUUUAAAUGUAGGCUUUGAAAAUCCUAGAACGGGCCUAAAGCCCGGUGAGGUGCCCGAUAGACUUUUGGCCCGUCAGUCGACUUUCAAAUUGCGAGAACUUUUCCCAAAUAUUGAAAUAAUUCUGAUUGAGGUAGACGUUUCAUAUGAAGAGUUUUUAAACCAUCGAAAUGCUAUUAUCGAUCUCAUAUACCCAAAACAAACCGAGAUGGAUCUGUCCAUUGCAGCGGCAUUUUAUUUUGCAUCGCGUGGACGUGGAUUCAAACGUGUAGAAGGCGGUAUCACCGUUCCUUACGAAAGAUCUGGAAUUGUUCUCUUUAGCGGUCUUGGGGCAGACGAGCUUUAUGGAGGGUACCAUAAGCUGGCAAACAAAACAGAGGAACAGCGCUGCGCUGAGCUACAAAGUCAAAUCAGGAAUAUCCAUGAUAGGAAUCUCGAUAGAGAUGAUAAAAUCAUUUCCUCACAUGGCGUUGAGGUGAGGUAUCCUUUUUUAGAUGAAGAAGUCAUCGAGUUCUCAGUCAGGUUACCGAUCAAUUACAAGGUCAAUAAAUUGAUUUUGCGAAACAUGGCAUCGGAGUUGCUUGAUAUGGAAGACAUAAGCACAGAGCCAAAAAGAGCCAUUCAGUUUGGAGCAAAGAGUGCCAAAAUGACUAAAGAUGGGAACAAGCUUGGUACAGAUAUGCUGCGAGCUAUUGAUUGA